UGGUGGUUACCGGCGAAGAGGGGGAUGGGCGCUUUGCUGAGUGUAAGGACCCGACACAGAAUCGGAGCCCCGUAUCACAUACAGCAGUCUAUACCCCAUAAUAAACAGCGACUGUAAAUAUACAAGACACUAACAUUAUUGGAGUUGUUGACCGGAGAUUUAUAAAAGACACCAAUGGAUGUAGUGCACCUGAAAAAGACAGUGGAUUUAAGUUUCCGGCAUUUUUUGGGAGACACUGAGAACUUUGUUUCUUACCCUUGACGAGGGAGCUACUUGUAAGGGUAAAGGAUACAGGAGACUCCGAGGCGGAUAUCGAGGCCUAUUGGUGUAUUGGAAUUGAUGUUGGGCUACUCCAAGGACUUCCAUAGUACAUCAUUUUGCUUUGUUUUUAAGGAAUUUGGAAUGACUCUUUAGGUCCCCGAUGACCGUGAGCCGUGGGCUGCGGCUCAACGGCACCCCCCUUCUGGAGUGGUAUCUUCCUAUAGUUUGGACGGUGUGAUUCCUCUUGUCCUUGUCCUCUCCCCCAUCCCAUCCUGUCCCUCCUCCCCCCCUCCCCUUCCUCCCCCUUACCCCCCCACUUCCACGCGUCGCUGUGCUGGACGUCAUGAGCAUAGUAAUCACUCUGGGAGUCACCACACCUGAAACGUCUUACUCUGAUAUGGCUGCUGGAUCAGACCCUGAGUCAGUUGAAGCCAGCCCUGCUGUAAAUGAAAAAAACUACAACAACCACAGUUGUGGUAGUGCACAGAAUCAUGGGUAUCGGGGACUACCAUAUGCUAUGCAACAGUCUUCCGUUGUAUGUUGUCAGGAUCACAACUAUGGCGCACCCCCACCCCCUACCCCACCUGCCUCUCCGCUUUCCCAAACCAUCAUUCCCCGCAUGGAUCUCAACGGCAUGGUACGCAGCUCCCAUUAUCAUGAACCCAGAGCCGACCACUCAGCUGACAGCGACAGCUCCUCAGAGGAAGACGGAGCUGUGGCCAGUUGGUGCCACUGUAGCCCGACACCAGAUGGCGUGCACAUCAAAUGUACCUGCAGGGAGCUGGACAGGAGGAAGGGAGUAGAGAGCAUACACAGAAAACAAGAAAAUGUCUCAGUUGGAGAAAGCAGUGCAACAGAAAGUGGUGAUGAAGAGGUGUCUCCUUCCACCAUCUCCUAUACCGCCAUCCAGCAUACUCCCACCAGCAUAAAACUGACCGUCAACCGUGUCAAAAGGAGCAAAUCCAAAAAGAGAAAGAAGAGCACCGAGAGAGGCCGUGGAACACCAAAGCCAAAGAAAGUCAAGGCUUUCAGACAGGGUUCAAGAAAAUCAAUGAGGAUGAAGAACUCCACCACAGAGGCCAGUGUACUGGAUGAGAAUACAGCAGAAGGGUGGGAGAGCAGGAUCCGCCAGUGGACAGACCAGUAUGAGGAGGCCCUCUCCAACCAGUAUAGUGCUGAUAUCCAGACACUGCUUCAGCUCCACCGCUCUGCCUGUUCUUCGGUCUCAAAGGCUGAGAGUGGAACAUCAACACCUCCUUCCAGCACACAGAUCCAUGCAUCUGUCAACGGCAUGGACACCAUCAACCGCACUGAGCUGGCCUGCAACAACACGGUGCUGGGCUCACAGAUGCAGCUCCAGCUGGGACGGGUAACACGGGUACAGAAACACAGGAAAAUCCUCCGAGCGGCCAAGAACCUGGAACCAGACACACUAAUAAUUGAAUAUCGGGGCAAGGUCAUGCUCAAGCAACAGUUUGAAGUCAAUGGGCAUUUCUUUAAAAAGCCUUAUCCUUUCGUGUUGUUUUACUCCAAGUUUAAUGAUGUGGAGAUGUGUGUUGAUGCAAGGACCUUUGGAAAUGAUGCCCGCUUCAUCAGGAGGUCCUGCACACCAAAUGCUGAGGUCCGCCACAUGAUUGCUGAGGGCAUGAUCCAUCUGUGCAUCUAUGCCAUCAGUCAGAUUGCAAAAGACUCUGAGGUCACAAUUGGUUUUGACUACGAGUUCAACAGUUGUAAUUAUAAAGUGGACUGUGCAUGUCAUAAAGGCAACCAGAACUGUCCGGUGCAGAAGCACAACCUAAGCCCUAUGGAGAGUUUCCUGAACCCAUCUGCUCUGGUUCUUCCCUCCCCUGCUGUUGGCGCUGAGACCCGGCGAAGAAAAGCCCAAAGGAAGGAGCUGGAGAACUGCCAGGCACCGGACCAGCAGCAGGAGAUCAAAGAUCUGCAGGGAGCCAGUGACACUGAGGAAAGAGCGUUGAAUGAGGUCAAAGUGGAAGAGGGAGAAGUUGAUGAAAAUGGGACCAGCUGUAGUAAAAGAGCUCCAAACAACCUUGAAAGGCGAAGGAGAGCAGUGGGAGCUGAAGUUAAGGAGGAGGCUGUGGAAACUGAGGACGGGGCAGGAAAUCCUCCAGAGACCACUACUGUUUCAUAUAGCUCUGGAGUGGGAGUCAGCACACGGCGGACCACCUAUUUCAUGGAGACCCCUCCUCUUGAAGAAAAAACAUCAGUACCCAUCCUUCCAGCCCCAACUGCUCCCCCUAAACCUUCCCGACCUACCAAACCCCGACCCAAGAGCCGGAUCUCUCGCUACCGUUCAAGCUCAUCCCAGCGUGCUCGGCGGCAGCGCCAGGCCCUCGCCCAGCAGGCAGCAGCAGUAGCUGCUGCAGCAGCGAUGUCUUCAGCGCAGACAUCGGCUGAUCAGGGGGCUGCUCUGAACGACGAGGGGUCUCAGUGCCAGCAGGGAGCUGAACAUGACCAUGGAGAUGGUGGUCAGGGAGCUCAUCUCCUGGUCGGAGAAGGCCAGGGUCCCAACAGCAUACACAAAGGCAAUGUGCGCUACCCCAAGACCAAGAAGUACCUCGUCACAGAGUGGCUGAAUGACAAAGUCCCUGGAGGGGAAAAGGUCCACCAGGAGGUGCCAGUUGAGCGGCCCCUGCGAAUAACUACAGACCCCACAGUGCUGGCAACCACCCUCAACAUGCUGCCAGGGCUCUCCCACUCAUCGCUCAUCUGCACAGCUCCCAGACACUACGUCCGUUUCGGUUCCCCCUUCACCCCCGAGAGACGCCGACCCCGCCCACUGCAGAUGGACGGCACCUAUGGUUGCUUCAAAAAGAGAUGGAUCAAGCAGGUGGAGGAUGAAAGCUGCUCUACCAGUGUGGAGGACGGAACAGAGUCGCCCUCAUCCCAGCAAAGCACCAGCAGCCGCUCCACCCCCAACCCCCCCUGCAGUGACAUCAGUGCACCAUUUAAAAAGCGGCAGCACAAGUACACAACUGAGACCACGCGAGCAUCCUCAGACCACAUACUUCACCCACUCUCACCGAUCACUCCACCUCUCCCUGAAGACUCGCUCCACCCGCUGCUCCACCCAUCCUGUGGCUCUCUGCUGCCAAAUGGUCUAGUCUACUCACCAAUGCCCUCACUGCCCACAAGCCGCUGCAACACACCGCUUCAGUUUGAGAACAUUUCGUCCCCUGAAGCAUCUCCUGUACACCGGCCAGAGUCUAUCUCUCCAGAGCCGUCUCUUCAGGCUGACUUUGACGCUUCUAGGCCUCAGUUUCUGGACCUGUCGCUCCCGUCCAGCUUGGAGAGCCCCGUGGCCAUGACCUCUGAUGACUUUCCCGGGGCUUCUUCAGGCCAAGAUUCCCAAGGCCUGUUGUCUGUGGGGGCCAGCUCCCUAAACUACGUGUCAUGUCCUUCCUCAGACUCCAAAAGCAGGGAGAAGACCUUCAGGACAGAGUUCAACCUCAUUUAUACCUGCUCCCCCCUCAAUGCAAACCUAGGAAAUCCUUUGAGCUCAGAGCGGCGCCAUUCCCAGGUGGACGGAGGAUUUUCUCCUGCAGAUUCAUUACACAGUUCCUUAAGUGGGCAGGGACCGGUUGGAGACAUGGGCUCCGGGUCGAUGUCACCUUUUGGGGAGUCUCAUUAUGCAGCAGGCUACCCAGACAGGAGCACAUCCCCUCACACCAGUAACCCUCCACAGAAGAAGAAGAGGGCCAACCAGCAUACCAUUAGUCUGCUGACAGGAAAGGCAGAAUACCAGCCUAUAGCUGUAAGAAGUGAAAACAAGCCAGUACAUAAUAUGGUGUCUCUGCUGGAGUACCGUAAGAGGAAGCAGGGCAGCAGUCGUGAGUCAGAACCAAAAACCAGAAGCACCCACUUGCGACCUGACUCCUAUUGCAGCAAGGAACCCCACCCAGCUCAGUCCUAUCAGCAGAUGCAGCCCCCAGCCUCUCCACACUCCACAGCUCCGGUCCCACACUUAGAGGAGGUCAGCCCCCCAGACCACCACAGGACGGCACUGAAGUCCAAACGACAGGAGUCCAACAACCAGUGGAUGGUUCCUACAACAGUUGAACGUUUAAGGGAAGGCCAGCGAGUGCUGAGAAGCAUCAAGAUGGAUUGCAUUUACAAAAGGAGUGAUGGCACAGCAGAGAAAGACUUGGAUGCAGAUCGAUACAAGAGGCGAGCAGGACCCGUGGCUGCUUCCACUAAGAGCCCACACAGAUGUAGCCCCCCUGUCUACUCACACCAGUCAACAGAAAGCCACCAAGAGACAGACAGCCCUUCCUUCACCCAUCAAACAUCCAACUCCCCGUUCCAGAGUUCCUACAGCCCCUCAUCCAGCCAGAGCUUCUACCCUCGCUUCUCCUCCUCCCACCAAGGACCAUCCCAAGACCACCCAAACUCCUACUCAAGUCCCACCCACACACUUGUCUCAGAUUCCAGGCAGCCAUGUGGCUCCCUUCACCAGCAGAGUGGCAGCAACAGCACCGAUGUAGGCCACAACAGCAGCCACCUAAAAACAAACUUUUUGAAUAGCAGCUUAUUGGAGGCUGUCACCUCGGGACCCCGGACCCAGGGGCAGGCUAAAGUAGACUUGAAUGCUCAGGCCUCCAGAGGGGGUCAGCAACAGGCGUCUCGCAACCUGAAGGUGAGCCAGGGAAGGCUGCAGGCCAGCUCCAGGCUACAAGGCGCCCCUGGACCCACACACUACUCACAGCAGGGAGCAGGCCUUAGUCAGUUCCAGCACUCCCCUCACCAGGGAACCGGAGUAAGGACGCAGUCGGGAAGCUUUUAGGGACCUUGUUCAGCUGUAUGUUUGAUUGAAGGCGUGUGAAGCUCCUGAUUGAGGGGUUCAGUGAGGUGGAGGAGCCACAUUUAUAGACCUGAGAGGAGCAAGAUCUUCUUAUUUUCCGUUGUUGUUUUUGAUUUUCUUUUUUUGUUUGUCAGGAGAAGAACAUUACAACAUUGUGCACAUAAAUAAAUCAUUGACUGUGGACCUCAUGACAGAAUAGGUGGGGAAGCAAAUGAACCUGCAGGUAAUCACAUGACUUGAGAUUAUCCCAGAGGUUUCCUCUUAUUCCACAGUGUUUAAACUGGCUCCUUAUUGAAAAAAGGAAAACGUUCCACUUCAACAUCUGCACAGAAUGCUAAACUAGCCUUCCUGUUGUUGUGGUGACCAGGUUGGUUAUAUGCUUACAUAUGUAUUUUCCUAAAAACAGAUGUUCAGUUUUCUUCUUGUUUUGUAGGGGUGGCUGUGUUGUCUUUAGAGAAAGGGAAAGAUGAAAAGAACAGAAAAGACAUAUUGGGUUCUCCAGGAUCAUUCCGUAAGCGUCCUGUGUUUUUUUUUUUUUUUUUUUUUUUUCUCCCAGGAUGAAAACAGAUGUUUAUUUCCUCACAGAUCUUGAUCAUUUUAUUUUUGUUGUGCUGAUUUUGGUUCAUUUCUUUUCUCUUCCCUGCUGAACUGUUGGGAGUUUAUUGUGGAACUAGAGAAUUCCCAAAUCCUACUGAAGACAACCAGGUCUUUCAACUGAUGGUGCUGCAAACCUUUUUCCCCUAAUAUGUUUGUUAUCCAGCUCUGGCCCACCACACCACACCCUUUCCACCCAUCCUGUUUUUAUGCGUGUUGUUUUAUCCCAGUUCACGUCCAUCAUGCAGGAGUUAUUACAUUCAGUAACAGGAGAAUCUGACUUUAAGGCUAGAUGGUUGUUUUUACUCUCUGUUCUUUUCUCUUUGCAUUCCAUGUGACAGAAAGCAAAGCAGAGCCAGUUUCUGAGGAACCAUUUACAUCAUUUCUGAAAUUGGUUGAUUAUAAAGCUGCUACGUAUUCCUGUGAAAGCUGUCUCCAUCAUCUGCUUCUUUUAUUUUUUGUUACCAUUUUUUAUGAUUCUUGGAACAACUGACUUGUAAAAAGAGACAGUUCUCCGGACCACUGCAGUGGUACGGCGACUGCCGAGCGGCAGCAGGACAUGCCCCUCCCCUCUGCUCUUUCUGUGACUGGAAUUCAGGGCCUGAUGUGGGGAAAAACCUUGGUUUGCAGGAAAGACUUAAAGGACUCAGAAUCUUAAAGGAGGAAAGUAGGAGUCUCCACCCAUCCCACCUGCCACUACAUCCCACCACUCCCUCCCCACCAACGCACAGGAGGUUACCCAGAUUACAUGAAUGUUUGACAGAAUAAAAACAUGAACAUCACGACCUAAAUGAACCAGCACCUUAAAAACACAUCCAAACUAAAAUACCCAAUAGGAUUAUAUGUAUGAUUAUGUGUACCUGUAUAGAAAGAAUGUGAUAGCAUCGUAUGGAGCAAAUAUAGUACACUGAAUUAAUCGCAUGGUAUUUGUUUGUAGAGUCUGAAUGACCAGCUUUUAUCAGAUGGUUUGAGAAUCUGAGUCUGUUCCUGGGUUCCUUCAGACACCACACAUUCUUCUCUUGUUUUUCUAAGAAGUAUUCUGUUGGUUUUCUUCUUUUUCCACAGAUCAUAGUAGUAACUAUUUCAAUUGUUCUCUAAGAGAUUUAAGAAGCAAGAGAUGUAAUGCAUUUUGAUAAUAAAAAUAAUCAUAACAGCAAAGUA